AUGACUUUGCUUCGCAAAUUCAAGCCACACAAAGCUUCAUCCGAAGACUCGGAUUUCCGGUCCGCCCUCCCGCCGCGAGUACCUUUGGUGUCGACCCCGUCACCUCCUUCACGGGCUCCGUCCACCUCAGGAAUGGAUGAACCACUGCCGAAUGCGGAACUUUCGAAGCAAUUUUCUGGUCUCCAUGAUGUUAUCGUCGCUCACAUCCGCAAAUUUUACUCACCCCACGAUGUCGAACAGCGAAUCUCGCAAACCGACAUUGAACACGCCAGCACCGGCAUAGUUCUUCCAUGGCCGCAGAUUCUGGGACUUCUCGGUGACGCAAACACAAGGAUAGCAACGUUAGCUAUGUGCAUCGCGUGGACGAUCCUGAGUCGAAGCCUUCUGUUGAAAUCAGGAAUUAGCAAUAGCCCCGGCAGCACCUUACUCCCGCCGGAAAUCGUGGAAUGCUUCCAAAGCUUCUCUCUUGGAACAGGAGCAGUCACGCUUGGGAAAGACGAAACGAGCCCUGUGAACUUGGCGCUGCUGUCCCGCUGGAAGCAGAUAAGCUUCGCCUUAUGCCAUACCGCCUACAUUGCAAACGCAUUCUCGUUUUUCGAUGCGCGCACCGUGAACAUCGAGCGCGCGUUGAAAGACCUGAAUCCUCUGAUCGCAACAUACGCUUUGCCCGACGACGCGGGCCACGGCAAGAACGCGCGUCUUGACGACCUGAGAGAUGUUCUGAGACACGGCGCUUCCUUCGCAUUCACGCUGUUCGGUCAGCCUUGUUUUUGGAGGUUCGAUUGGCGUUCUGAGCGUGCGGUGGCGCAUGGCAAGACGGAGACGGAGCUUGACCCAGACACGGCGUCAAGCAUCGCAAGUAUAGGCGUCGCGGCUACGUCUUCCAUCAGACUUACGACUCAGGAGAUUGUAGUAUGGCCCAGCCUAGUAAGGAUCAUUGACGAGGACGGGGUCCAGCUGAGUGGGCAGGACGAAGGCAUGGUCCUAGGGAGGAAGAAGUACAUUGACGAUUUCGAAAGGACAUAG